UAAUUUCACGUGAUGCCGAUUCUCUACUAGGACCCAAAAUAAGGUCCUUCUCCGAUAAAGACACGUCUUUUCGAAAAGCGCAAUUUGCAUUCCAUAGAAUUUAUCUCAAUUUACUAUAUAUUGCCUUAAUUGGAAUGCCAUUCAUUAUUAUGCUUAUUACAUUAGAAAAAUCUCACCAAAUACGAAACGCAAUUGCUGCUCGAAUUUUCUAAAUCUGAAAGACAUUUGCAUCUGAAACUUUCAUUGCUACAUUGUGCUUCGCUUUCUGUGAGGAUGCUUAAGAUCCCUCCCCACCAAGUUGCAGGACACAAAGCAGGCAAUGGGAAGCUUGGUCCCCUUGUAGAUGAAUCAGGACGUUUCUACAAGCCUCUCCAAGGCGAUGAACGAGGGUCCAAUGAGCUCAAAUUCUACACAUCAUUCUCCUCUGACACUAGGAUACCAGAACACAUAUCUAAAUUCUUCCCUACCUUUUAUGGCACUCAGCUCAUAGAGGCAUCCGAUGGAUCUGGCUUGAAACCCCACUUAGUUUUACAGGAUCUUUCCAUAGGUCGAGUCAAUCCAUCAAUUGUGGAUAUUAAAAUGGGUUCAAGAACCUGGGCACCGGAAGCAUCCGAGGAGUACAUCCAGAAGUGCUUGAAAAAGGAUAGAGAGACGUCGAGCCUUCCCUUAGGAUUCAGGUUAUCUGGGAUACAAAUCUACGGAAACAAAGAGUCAGGUUACUGGAAACCUGAAAGGACUUCCAUGCAGAACCUUUCUGCAGAGAAACUCAAGACAAUCCUGAAAAAGUUUGUUUCGUCUAACACAUCGCGUGACAUGAACUUGCAACCAGAUUGUGCUUUCGCAGCAACUGUUUAUGGCGGCUCUACUGGCAUUUUAUCGCAGUUACUUGAGCUGAAAGCAUGGUUCGAGGAUCAAACCAUGUACCAUUUUUAUUCUUGCUCGAUUCUGAUGAGUUUCGAAAAGGAACUUGCAUUGGAAGGAAAGAAUCCUGGUGGACAGAUCAAGUUGAUUGAUUUUGCUCAUGUUAUAGAAGGAAAAGGCGUCAUUGAUCAUAACUUCUUGGGGGGUCUUUGCUCUUUGAUCAAGUUCAUAUCUGAAAUUCUUACUGCUCUCAUUGAGCACAUAACAGAAGUUGUUCCCUCUGUUAACGGUGUCAACUGAUUUAGCUUAAGAUUAAGUUGCUAAUUGCAACUUUUUUUUUUUGUAGGAAUUUUUAUUCUGGGAUUGCUAUUAUCUCAAUUGUUAAUCUCUACUGCGCCCAGGAUGACAAUCAGACAAUUUAUUUUUUUCAGAAAAUAACAUAUUCUGAACUUCCUUUUCAUAGCAUAUUUUUUCAAAGCGUAACUGUGUACUUGCUGCAAGGAUAUUCUAUGAGAGUGGCUUAUUCUACUUUUUGUAUGGUA